GGUAUUCUAUGUUUUGUUGUCUUUGUCGAAGUGUUCAAAAUUAUUUUAUUUUGUUUACCAGGAUAUCCAAUUUCCUUUGAUAAGGACUUUAAUUGACUCAUUCCCUGGAAUAAUGAUAAUUGAACUUCCAUUCCGAUAAUGAAUUCUCUUCAUCAGUCAUGAAAAAUGUGAGACGAUAACUCGGUCGUGGUAAUGCACUACUUUGUUUUACCUUGACAAAUUAUGUCAUUGAAGCUGAUGUCUGCUGUUAUUCCUACAUCAUUGACUACCCAGAACACAAACAAACCUAGAGAUUCAGAUAUUUUGCUGAAGCAACUUUUAGAAUGUGUGCAAAAUUGUCAGAAAAGGUUUGGAGGAAAAACAGAACUGGCAACAGAAUUUGAUAGUUGUGUAAUUGCUCUCUGUUUAACUUUAGAGAGUGUUUUAACCCAUGGUUUGAGAAGUAAACCAUUAGAAACUGUACAAACCUCAACUUUGAAACAAGUUUCAGGAAUAGUUGCCAGUAGUUUGCUAAUUGGAAAUGAAAAUCUAUCAUUCUGGCCUUUCAUUAAAAAUCACUUAACUCGCCAUGAACAAGAACGUUAUGCAGUAUUAAAGAACAUUAAUUCAGAUAUUGGGAAAGGAAGAGCUUGGAUUCGUUCUUCAUUGAAUGAAAGAUCAUUAGAAAGGUAUAUAAAUAUUUUACUUGGAGACACAAAAUCAUUGGAAAUAUAUUAUGAAGAUUGGGCAUUGUUGAGGGAUCAUGAAAAGAAUUCUAUGUUGCCUAAUAUGGCAGCUGGUCUAGCUGCCAUUUUAUUUGCAAUAAGUAUAGAUAAAGCUGAAUUGAAUGAUUUGAACAGUCAACAGAAACUUUUGAGUGGUCUUUCAAAGUCUGAACCAGUAAUUGAAGCACCCGUACAAGGUAAUCAAGAACAAUCCAAAAGUACUAAAGAGAAAAAAAAGAAAAAAGUUGCGAGACAAUUCAUAUCUUUUGAAGAGGAUAGUCUAUUAUCAUCUAGUAUACCAUCCAGUUCUGGAAGUUUAUCUUCAGAAACUAGUUCACUGAAUGAAAUUCAAUAUCCACUAAACUCAUCCAAGCAUUCCAAUAACGGUCAACUUAAUUCAUUUUGCAACAUGGAAAAUAAGAUGGAAAAGCCUUCUAAUGUUGAAGUAAAAAGAAAAUUAUCCGUAGAAAACAGUGGAACAUUCACAAAAUAUUCAACAGAAGUACCAGAAACUUUAACACCCAUCAGCCAAGUAGAGGUUGGAGAAUUAACCCCAAUAUCCAUUGAGAUGGGUGGGGAAGAUAGGUCUCCUGAUUUAUCAGAUGAUCUAGUGGAAGCACCGAGUGAUAUUAGUGCCGUUCUGACUGCUGUGGAGUCUAAAAAUGAAGAAGAACGAAAAAAGUAUCAAGAAAAAAUCGAUUCUCUCAAUAAAGAAAAUGAUACUUUGAAGGAUCAAGUGAAUAAGUAUUUGAGCGUAUUGAAAAUGUUGGGAAAAGAUCCGGAUUUGGAUGAUAUCGGAGAAUUGCCAAAUUUUAAGUAUGAGGCGGAAAUAUUUGAGAAAAAAUUGGUCCAGGUUGCUGAGAUGCAUGCAGAGCUUAUGGACUUCAAUGUUCAUUUACAGCAAGUUAUAUGUGAAAAAGAUCAAUUGUUAGAACGUCUAAAAACUGAACUAGAAAUGCUGAGAGGUCCUUUAUCUGCAGAAGAGAUGGCUUUAGAAGAUAGCUUGACAAAUGUUCAUGUAUGGAUACCGUCUGCUUUCUUAACAGGAUCUGGCUCUGAUUCACAUCAUGUAUAUCAAAUUUUCUUGAGGGCUGGUAACGACGAAUGGAACAUAUAUAGACGAUAUGCACAGUUUCAUGCUUUACAUACAGACUUGAAGAAAGUAGAUCCAGCAAUUGCUUCUUACGAUUUUCCCCCAAAAAAGAGUAUAGGCAAAAAGGAUGCAACUUUAGUUGAAAGUAGAAGAAAAAGAUUUCAAACCUACCUCAGACGGAUAUUAGCUCACUGGCCCGAGUUAUCCCAUUGCUCAAGUAGGAAUUUACUGGAGCAGCAUCUCUCAUUUUUCAAAGAUCAGAAGGAGAAUGAACCAACAAGUAGAAACGCUAGAAGGAGUAAUGAAAAUCAUUAUACAGGGCUCUAAUACUUCCUCUUUUAACUGAUAAGAUUUUAAAGAAUAGACUUCUAUUGAAUUGUUGCAAAUAUUUAUGUUUUAUAUUUUAUUAUAUGAUGAUUAAGUAAAAAUGAUAUUACUAGCAUGUAAAUAACAAAGUAAUAAAAUAUUUAGAAAUUUAAACAUU